UCUCCACGAUGCCCCUGCUGGUUCUCUCUGAUCAUGGCCCUUUCAGUAAUUUUCCAGUUUGUGGUGGAGAACAAAAGGGUGCCCAGGGGACUCAACCUCAGACAGGUCCUUGUGCUCACCUUCCUAACCCAGCAUUCCUGGCAACUGGCUCCAGGUUGGGCAUUGGGGGCCCAGGGGCUGGGUGGGUGAGGGGCCAGGGUUAGGAAAGGAACAGGGAGUCCCUUGAUGGGGAUAGGAGCCUUGACGACAGGUCCCUCAUUCCUGAACACACCUGCUGGGGCGGUGAGGGGUCCUGAGUGCCAUCAGCAUUGCUGACAGCACCCCUUCCCCGAAGUGGGAAGAGCCUGGCCCUCUGGAGAUUGGAAAGAGGUAUCACCACCGCCCUCCCUUCACCCCACUGGCACAGUCAUGCUCACAUCCACAGGCACACACAUUGCCAGAUACAGAGCUCUUUCCAAACUGUCACCUUCCCAGUUACACCAAGGAACAGAGAAAUCAGCCCCACUUUCCAGGAGAGCGAAUUGAGGGAACGGGCUCAGGCCACAGUCUGGGGUCAGGGCCGUGGGAGAGCUGCAGCUUCCCAGAUGGUGGGAUGAUCCCCCAAAGGAAGGUCUUGCCCCAGGUGUACAGGGGGCACACCUGUACAAGGGAGGCUAUGGGGCAGGGAGUGGUCCCAGGCCCACAACAGAGGGGAAAGACUCCCUCCCACCCCAGUCUCAAAAGUCAAGAGCACUGGGUUUCAAGGUGCCCUCCUCCUUGAUCUUCUCUCCUUGCUUGGUGGCUUUGGCAUGUCACUCCUGGUCUCCAGCCUCCAUUUCCUCAUCUUUAAAUGGGCAUCCUAGCGUCACACCCAUUCACUGAGAGAGUCUGUUUAAAGCGCUUCGCUCCAGUGAAUGCCAGCGAUUGUUGCUGGCACACGGCUGCAGCCCUGGGAUCAGAGCCGGUGCCUGCUGAUCUCAGACCUCUCUCUUCCCUGCUGGUGGCCCUGCCUGGACACCGCCCCCUCGGACCCUCUCUGCAGUGGCCUGCCAAUGAGCCCACAGUUAGCCACACCCCUAGCCCACCCCACUAACAGCCGCCUCGCCUGCCCCACUGUCUUCUGGCACCUUCCAGUCCUCUGGAGUCUGUGGCUGCUGCACCAUGCAGUCUCCGGGCUUUGUACUCGCCUUCCUCGCCGUGCCACUGGUGGUGUGCGGGGACUCAGAGGGCACCUGGUGCUACGACUCCCAGGACCUGAAGUGUGGCCCCACCCACUGGAAGGAGAUGGCCCCUGCCUGUGGGGGCCCAGCCCAGUCCCCCAUCAACAUUGACCUUCACCUGGUCCAGCAGGACCCCACCCUGGGACCUUUCAUCUUCCAAGGCUACAGCUCAGCACCUCCAGGCCCAUGGACCCUGGAAAAUGAUGGCCAUACAGUGCUGCUCCACCUGGACACUGGCCUGCAGAGCCGCCUGGAGAUUCGGGGCGCCGGGCUGCCCCUGCCUGCCUACCGUGCACUGCAGCUGCACUUCCACUGGGGAGGCCCUGGGCGAGCAGGCUCAGAGCACAGCCUAGAUGGGCAGCGCCGCCCCAUGGAGAUGCACGUGGUCCACAUGAACACGAGGCACCAGAGCCUGGAGGAGGCUCGAAGUCACCCUGACGGGCUGGCUGUGCUGGCGGUGCUGCUGGCGGAGCAGGACACUGACAAUGCCAACUUCUCCGCCCUUGUGUCGGGCCUGAAGAACGUGUCUGAGCGCGGGGUCUCGGUGAAUCUGGCUUCCACCUUCCCGCUGGCCUCCCUGCUGCCGGGUGCCUCCCGCCUUUCGCGCUACUACCGCUACUCAGGCUCGCUGACCACGCCCGGCUGCCAGCCCGCGGUCGUCUGGACGGUCUUCGAGGACGCGGUACCCAUCGGGCGCGCGCAGGUGGCCCAGUUCCAGACUGUGCUCCAGGCCGGGCUCCCCGGUUCGAGCGCCGCACCGCUCACGGACAACUUCCGCCCGCAGCAGCCUCUCCGGGGGCGCAGGGUCUCGGCCUCUCCCGGCGCCUCCAUCCGCGCGGCAGCUUCGGCCCCCGCCCCGCCCCUAGCCCGUGUGCACGGGGCUCUGCUGGGCCUGGGGCUCAGUUUGUGGCUCUGCCAGAGCCCCUAGGAGCCAGAUUCGACCCCUUCCCGCAAUAAACGACGCUCAGAGUGA